AUGGUUCUUUUCACUUCCUUUCUACUCCUCCCCAUCGUUUUUCCUCUUUCUUUAAAUUCUUCUUCUUCUUCUUUGCAAUCUCUGGUUCUUCCUGCUUCUUUCUUUCUUUCAUUUUUUUCUUUCUUACGAAUUCUUCUCUUCUUCGUCUUUUGCUCCUCCUCCUUCUACUCCUUUCGCAUCUUCUUCUUCUCCUUAUUCUUCUACUUCUUCUUCUACUUCUGUCUCAUCCUCCUUCUAUUCCUUCCUAAUACUCUUCUCUUUUCCCCCCUCCUUCUUCUUCUUGUACUCCUCCUUCUACUCCUGCUUCUUCUACUCCUUCCUUCUCAUCUUCUCUUUCUCCUUCUUCUUCUGCUCCUUCUUCUUCUGGUCCUCCUUUUUCUACUCCUUCCUCCUCCCCUUCUCCUCCUUCUACUCCCUCUCCGCCUUCUGCUCCUUCUCCGUCUUCACCUUCUAUUCCUCCUUCUCCUACUCCCUUCUCCUCUUCUUCUUCUUUUCAUUUUUCUUUUACAUUUUUUUUUUCUGUCUUCAUUUUUUUUCUCACCUCCUUCUCAUCUCUCUCAUUCUUCAUCUGAACUCAUCUUAAUCUGUCGUUCUCUUUUCUCUUUUUCUCCCAAUAUUUACUAUUUUAUCCCUUUUUUUCUUUUUAAAUUCUUCACCUCUUUCUUAAUUGACCUACGAUUGCCGUCUUCAUCCCCACUUGAUCCAUCAACCAUUCCUUCCCAUCAUUCCUUCCUCUCUUCCUUCUUUGGAGAAUUGUCUCUGUCUUUACCGCGAGAUGAGAACCAUUUUCUUCAGUCGUUUUUUUUUCUCAAGUCUCUUUUUCUUAGUCUGUCUGUUACACACAACCUAAAUCAAUCUUGA